CCCAACUUGCCUCUCCCUACCUGCAUGCAACUGACAUCCACCUCAUUGCUCCCAUCUCCGCACACUGUUGUGCCUGUCCAUCUCCAUGGCAACGAACGCUCAUCUGUGUGUGAGUUUCGUAGCUCUAAGUAGACGUUGCCCACGGGUACAGCUCUAGGAUCAGUUUACCUCUCUCUGAAUACUGACCCUAACCAGGCUACUAACCAGCUAAACUGACCCUAGAUCAGUGUCACCCCCUUCUGUUCUCCUGUCCUGAAUUCAUUGUCACUGUGAGGUUUUGCUCUAAGCAUCCUUGUACAAUAUCACUCUGUGGUGUGUAGUUAGUUAUUGAAGUUGGURGACGUGAUUGCCUCGAACAUAAUACUUUAGGGGUGUCAUUUGCAUACCCUUCCCGAAAGGAGAGUGUCUAUUACCCAUCCAUUCCUCAUCCUCUAUUCUAAAUGUUUUCAUUUUGCUUGUUUUUUUACUCCAUUCUUCGUGGGCCUGAAUGUCUGGAGAAAUUGUCUGAUUUAAGACCUAGGAAACAGUCAAGCAAAAGAGAACCCCCCAGACACUGUUGCCCAUCCCUGAGUUGUAGAGUCCUGUAUGGGAUGAAUUUGGGGAAUUAGGGUUAAAUAUGUGUAAUUACUCUCUUCCUGUAAGACUUAAUUUGAGUUCCUGAUUUCCUUCUAUUCCAGGGUCCUCCUCAGUUUCCUCCAUGGUGAGUCUCCACAGGAGCACUGAAGACGCCACCGUCCCCCCGCCUGUGCCCCCUCGCAGACGCCCCGAAUCCGCCCCCGCUGAAUCUUCCCCUUCGAAGAUGAUGUCCAAGCACUUGGACAGCCCCCCCGCCAUCCCACCGCGGCAGCCCACCACCACCAAGGUCUACUCGCCGCGCUACUCGCUCUCGACCGAGCGCACCUCCUUGUCGGAGCCGCCUGACAGCCCACCCACCCUGCCACCGCGGGAGCCCGUGAGAACGCCGGACGUCUUCUCCAGCUCCAACAGCCCCCUGCACCUGCAGCCACCCCCGCAGGGCCGCAUCCGCAGCAACGAACCCACGCUGAGCCAGACCUUCUUCCCCCCCUCGCCGUUCGGCCCGCUCACCCCGCCACCACCCCCGACUCCCUCGCCCUCGCUGGGGCCGCGCAAGCACCUGCCCUCCCCACCCUUACCACUGCCGGGGUCCGGCGGCCCAGACUGCUGCGGCGACUCAGCCCUCCUCCCUCCGGGGGGUGCAGCUGGCCCCCCUGUGCCCCCCCGCCAGAGCACCAGCAGCGCUGCUGCCCAAGCCAUCCCCAAGCUCCCCCCCAAAACGUACAAAAGGGAGUCGGUGUCAUACCCGUCCCCAGCGCAUCGAGACGGCCCGCCCCUGCUGGAGAAUGCCAACCCCUUUUAAAAAGACUUGUGUAUGUAAUCUGGGGCAAAUUAUUGAACACUAAAGACUUGGACAAAAAACAACAUUAAUUGUGAUGUUGACUUUGAGAAGAAAAAAAAGACAAUACCAGUGUAGGUUCUUAGCUACCUGGAAAAAUAAUCAUGUGCCCUUAUAAAAAAAAAAAUACUUAAACGAAAGAUGAUUGUCCUUUUUCAUUCGUGCAGACCAUUUGGAGAUUCCCUAUAAAAAUAAUUUCGGGGGGGGAGGGGUGUAUCUUACUGCUUGUUUUGUUGUGUGUGUUUGUAUGUACAGUAUGUCGUUUGUCAGUGUCCAAUGUUUUUUUCAUUAUUUCAUAUUUUUUAAGUGAAUCGAUUGCAGCAUUACUUGCCUAUGAGCUCGGUGGCCUACCCAUGCACAUACAGCUUGAACCGUAAUAAACCAUGAACAAGUUCCACACAAGUCCACUGCACGCUGGAGGACGGAACGAUAAAGACUGUAGCCCAGUUUGUACAGACUCCAAGAGAAAUCCACAAACUUAAUAGUGUUUUAACUCCCUGUGUAUGGGCUAAACGAUCUACUAAAGUGGCCCAUAUUGACCAGAGACGGACCAGAGAGGACUCAAGCUAUCACGGUGUUGCAAACCCAUUCAACUCCCCCAUAACAAAUGUCUGUCGUUCAAUCCACCUCACUCAGAUGGAAAAAGGAACUUGGGAAAUCAUGUUGUUAGAUGGUGUUUAAGGCUUUGUGUAGAGACUCAGUCCGGGGCGAGCAUUUUUUUUAUGCCAGUAGAUCGACCAGAGUACCAUGAUUUAAGGCAGGGUUUCCCAACCUUGGUCCUGGGUGCAUGUUUUGUUUUUUUGCCUUAGCACUACACAGCUGAUUCAAAU